UAAAAUAAUAAAUUCGCGUAGUAAAAAAGCAAUUUUAAUGAACAAAUUUUUAAAUGUUCAAUCAUAACAUUUGCAUUUAAAUUAUAUGGAACUUGGCAUACUUUUCUAUAAGCGGACAUUAAAGAUUGGCAUUUAUUAUAGAAGAAUCCAGGGAACACGUUAUUCCUACAUUCCAUCACUUAAUUCUCGACGGACAAAAUGAGAAAACGUGAGAAUAUGCAUUGCAAGAAACGCGAAUCGACACGUUUUUGUGAAAGUCAUAUCGGAUUAAAGAACAAUCGCUCAAUGGAAACGAAUGACAUUUUAUGGACUGUCGAGCUGCGUCAGACUAUGGAUCAUAAACCUCAUGUAUGAAACAGAAGACAUAUAUUUUCCGACCUGAAGAAACCUUUCGGUGAAUGAACUCGACGCGUUAUUUUCGAUAUAAAGACAAGAUGCGAUGAUGCCCAUCAACGGCGAUUCACGUAUGCUUAUUAAUGAUUUGCAAAACGAUAGUCUGAACCGCAAUACGUGUAUUCAUCAAAUUUAAAAUUUACUUCAAUUAAAAUUUUGUACGAGAAUACGAAAGCUAUUUAAACGAUCGAGAAAUGACAGAAUCCGCAUCCGACAUGCCGGAAGAGAAGGAAGCCGCAAACAUGACACCCAUCUGCGGUAAGCAACACUGUAAAGAGAUGCGCAAGGACAAGUUACCCCCUUAUCUUCGAGACAGAGAAAGAAUACUCUAUCCACGUAACACGAGAGCUCUGCCAAAAAUACCGGUGAUUGGCGAGCCCAUCGAAGAAGAAACAUGCAUGGCUUUGAGAACGCUGGUGUUCGGUUCCUGCGCGAUCCCACCUAAAAUUGAAUGGACAAGAACUGGAUUGACUUUAAGACCAUAUGGCCAGAGUUUAGCAUUUGGAUUGAGAACUCCUAGGAACACGACGAGAGGCCUCGUCUCUUCGGUGCAAGCCAUCAUGCUGAAGCACUUUUUGUUCAAAUGCGACAGACAAGAUUUACGCGGAGGAUCCGAAGCUUUACUGAAACCCUCAUACGAUCGACAGCUCGAAGUAUUGACGUCCGCGAUAUCGGAGAUCAUUUGGCGUUGUGCCGGUGGCUUCUCCGUUUCCACGUGCACAAAUGUUGUCAGCAACACCGUGCCAAAGGCCGUGGUAGCUCUACCGCAAGACACACCAUACAUUCAGCAUAGUGUACAGUAUUUUCAAGACGGAUUGACAGAAACGCUGCACCUCUUCGAAUUCCACUCUUUAGAGGAUCUUGAAAUAUUUAUUAAGAGAUACUUAUAUCUGUUUCAUGACGAAGGUGGAUCUGGUGCGAAGUUGCUUUUAUAUAGCGCAGUGCUCUCGAGAGGCCUCUCAAAAGUUCAGAAUGAUUUGGAAGAUCCAAAGGCAUCGAUUCUUGGUGCAUGUUCAGAGGAAGGCCCAAUCAAUGUCGUCAUCUUUAUUUUAACCGGCCGUGCUUCACCUCAUGUCCACAACGGAGUACUUCACGUUGGCGAUGAAAAUACAUAUGCCGUGCCACAAUGGGGUGUUCUUACGAGAAGCGAAGUGGGAUUUUUAAUACACGAAGGUGACGGCAAUGUAGGCAAACAGCCGGGUUCUCGUUUAAAGACACCUAGUCUACCAAUAUGGGUGACUCUCUGCGUUGGUCAUCAUGGCGUGCUCUUCAAUACGAAUCGAGAGUUAUUGAGAAAUUAUCACGCAGAACGACGUUUCGAGGUCCAAUAUUUUACCUGCGGUGGCAGUCACGCUACGUUGACGGUAGAUACCAGGGCAAACGAAACUUCCGGGGUAUCAGAAGCUGCAACAAUGGAAGUCGCAGAUAUCGCCGCAACACCGUUAGAGAAACUCAUUCGCUGCAAAUGGCAGGAUGCUCUUAUACAAUGGAACGGAACACCGGUGAUGUGAAAGAAUACGAGAAAAAUAACAAUCAAUGUGUUAAGCCGUAUAAUUCGUGAUUCCACGUGACACUAAUCGAUCGACAUUCAUCGAUCGUUGCGCGUGCUUAUCUCAGCUUCUUAUCAUUAAUAAUAUUCAAAUAUAGAUAGAAAUUAUGUGUCGCAAUGUCGAGUAUUGCAUAAUUUUAUGCAUUUGAUUUGACGCUUUCUUAGCAUAGCAGAUAUUUGUACGGUGGUCUUAAAAAGCUUUGUUAUUUUAUAAAAUAUAUGAAUUGUCAAUAAAUAAUUGUUAAUAUAACGAAAUGCCAUGUUAAGUUAACAAUGUGGUUAAGUUAACAAUAUGUUUAAAGAGCUAUCAUAUUAAAUGAUAAAUGCACAGCGCCCAAGUUUGCUAACGAUAUAUCGAUACUUUCACUAUUGAUGACAUAUAAAACAUAAAUAUUAUUCAAACAAAAGAGAAAAUGUUAUAAAUAGCGCGCGUUUCUAAGCAAAAAAUUAUUACGAUAUUAUUA